AUGGCAGCAGUAUGGCACAGCACGCUCAACUUCAUGCUCGGUGCCAAAGCUGAUGGUGAGACCAUUCUAAAAGGCCUGCAGUCCAUUUUCCAGGAGCAGGGCAUGGCAGAGUCGGUGCAUACCUGGGAGGACCAUGCCUACCUAGCAACCUACACAAACAAAAAUGGCAGCUUCACCAAUUUGAGAAUUUGUCCACAUGGAUUGGUAUUGCUGGACCUUCAGAGUUACAACAGUGAUAUCCAGGGCAAAGAAGAAAUUGACAACCUUUUGAACAAAGUAGAAGAGAGAAUGAAAGAAUUGAGUCAGGCCAGUAUUGAGCAGGUGAAGUGUUUACCAACCAUAGUUCAAAGAGGGGCCAUCGACAGAUACUGGCCCACUCCUGAUGGGUGCCUGGUUGGGUAUGACAUAGAUGAAGUAGUAGGUGAUGGAGAUUCACCUUACCAGAACAUUAAAAUUCUACACUCAAAGCAGUUUGGAAAUAUUCUCAUCCUUAGUGGGGAUGUUAAUGUGGCAGAGAGUGACUUGGCAUAUACCUGGGCCAUCAUGGACAGUGGCAAAGAAGAGUACACUGGCAAAGACCUACUGAUUCUGGGAGGUAGAAAUGGAGGCAAAUCACGUGAAAUAGUCAAACUGAAACCAAAGAUGGCCACUAUGGUAGAGAUUGACCAAAUGGUGGUUGACCCAUGUAAGAAAUAUGUGCACAAAACAUGUUGUGGAGUCUUAGGCAAUCUUAAAGGAGACUGCUCUCAGGUUCUAAUAGAAGACUGUAUUCCAGUACUGAAAAGGUACACCAAAGAAGGGAGAGAGUUUGAUUAUGUGAUUAAUGAUUUGACAGCUGUUCCAAUCUCCACAUCUCCAGAAGAAGAUCCCACAUGGGAGUUUCUCAGACUGAUUCUUGACCUCUCCAUGAAAGUAUUUAAAGGAUGGGAAGUAUUUUCCACAGGGAACUGUGUCAAUUUGACAGAAGCCCUGUCGCUCUAUGAAGAGCAGCUCGGGCGCCUGUAUUGUCCUGUGGAAUUCCCUAUGGAGAUCAUCUGCGUCCCUUCAUACUUGGAAUUGUGGGUGUUAUACACUGUUAGGAAGAAAGCUAAACUCUGA